AUGUCAUUAAUGCUGGAUCAUUAUUUGGAUAAUUUAUCUACACUUCCUCGUGAUUUGGCAAAGAAUUUACAAGGAAUCCGGAAAUAUGAUAUGGAAUGUCAUAAGAGAUCAGCAGAGAUUGACCAAAAAUUGAGGAUAUUUGUGAAGUCGCACCAAAAAAUGCCGAAGAGUGCAUCAGUUUCGUUUAAUAAAGAAAUUAUGACAUUGUUUACUGAGAUCGAACGCCUCUCGAAUGAAAAAAUCCGUUUGGCAUCUGAUACCUACGAACUUGUCGAUAAGCAUAUCAGACGUUUGGAUAAUGAUUCAGUGAAACUCCAAGCUACAAUACGACAAAAAUAUUUGGAAGCUGCAGCGGCAGCAGCUGCAAAGGGCAAUAAAAACAGCGAUGAAAUGCUUGAGCGUAAACGAAAAAAUGUUGCGGGUCGUAAAGAUAAGAAGAAAUUAAAAGAGGAUAGUUGGUCUCAAAAAAGUGCAGCUUCUGUCUCUACGCCACUCCAGCCAUUUUUGGAUGCACCAUCGGUUAUGGAAAUGCCUGUUGAUCCGAAUGAACCGACCUAUUGCAUCUGCCAUCAGGUCUCGCAUGGUCAGAUGAUAAUGUGUGACAACAAACAGUGUCCUAUAGAAUGGUUCCAUUUUCAGUGCGUUGGCCUUAUGGAAGCACCAAAAGGAAAAUGGUACUGUGAACGUUGCAAUGAGCAGCGAAAAAAAAAGAAUUCCACUGGAAGUAAUAAAUAA